AUGCCAUGCAAGCAUCCUACUGGUGACAGUGGGAUUCAUCCUAACUCUGCUAUGGUGGUACAUGAAGGACAGUUCUCAGAAGCCAUGGAGGAUGAUGUGGAGGUGAUGUUGGAGGAAGAUUAUGAACAUCUUGACACCGGAACCUUGCCUGAUGGCCUUGCCGACAUGAACAGUGGCCUUCAGUUGGGUUGGAAUGCUGCUGAAGAGGACAAUGCGGAAUCCAUUGGAGAAUUCACUGUGGUAGUUGGGUCUGAAGUUGGUAGUGGUGAGUUGGGAUGGGGUAAGCGGCUUAAACAGGCAAGAAACCUGGAGACGGAGAUGGAAGGGUACCGCUUUUAA